CUUCCUGACUCCCCUCCUUCCCCUGCAGGCUGAGCUGUGCGGACAGACCCAGGGCCAGCAUGGCAGAUAGACCCAGGGCCAGCAUGGCGGAUCCUGGUGACAGCCCCCGUACAGGGCCUGGGGAGCUGGCAGAGCCCCCUGGGGAUGAGAGUGGCACUUCUGGUGGGGAAGCCUUCCCCCUCUCCUCACUGGCCAAUCUGUUUGAGGGGGACGAGGGCUCCUCUUCACCCUCACCCGCUGAUGCUGGUCGCCACGCUGGCCAGGGCGAUGGGCGGCCCAACCUGCGCAUGAAGUUCCAGGGUGCCUUCCGAAAGGGGGUGCCCAACCCCAUCGACCUGCUUGAGUCCACUCUGUAUGAGUCCUCGGUGGUGCCUGGGCCCAAGAAAGCACCCAUGGACUCACUCUUUGACUACGGCACCUACCGUCACCAUCCCAGUGACAACAAGCGGUGGAGAAGAAAGGUCAUAGAGAAGCAGCCGCAGAGCCCCAAAGCUCCUGCACCCCAGCCACCCCCCAUCCUUAAAGUCUUCAAUCGGCCCAUCCUCUUUGACAUCGUGUCCCGGGGCUCCACCGCUGACCUGGACGGGCUGCUCCCUUUCUUGCUGACCCACAAGAAGCGCCUGACUGACGAGGAGUUCCGGGAGCCAUCCACGGGGAAGACCUGCCUGCCCAAGGCCCUGCUGAACCUGAGCAAUGGCCGAAAUGACACCAUCCCUCUGCUCCUGGACAUUGCUGAGCGCACAGGCAACAUGCGAGAGUUCAUCAACUCGCCCUUCCGAGACAUCUACUACCGAGGCCAGACUGCCCUGCACAUCGCCAUUGAACGCCGCUGCAAACACUAUGUGGAGCUCCUGGUGGCCCAGGGAGCUGAUGUGCAUGCCCAGGCCCGUGGGCGCUUCUUCCAGCCCAAGGACGAGGGUGGCUACUUCUACUUUGGGGAGCUGCCACUGUCGCUGGCUGCCUGCACCAACCAGCCGCACAUCGUCAACUACCUGACCGAGAACCCGCACAAGAAGGCCGACAUGCGGCGGCAGGACUCGCGCGGCAACACCGUGCUGCACGCGCUGGUGGCCAUCGCCGACAACACCCGCGAGAACACCAAGUUUGUCACCAAGAUGUACGACCUGCUGCUGCUCAAGUGCGCCCGCCUCUUCCCCGACAGCAACCUGGAGGCCGUGCUCAACAACGACGGCCUCUCACCGCUCAUGAUGGCCGCCAAAACCGGCAAGAUUGGAAUCUUUCAGCACAUCAUCCGGCGGGAGGUGACUGAUGAGGACACACGGCACCUGUCCCGCAAGUUCAAGGACUGGGCCUAUGGCCCCGUGUAUUCCUCGCUCUAUGACCUCUCCUCCUUGGACACGUGCGGGGAAGAGGCCUCUGUGCUAGAGAUCCUGGUGUACAACAGCAAGAUCGAGGUGGGCACCAGGGCACGGUGGGCACGGGGAAGGAGGGGGGCGGCUGGGAGCAUGGACUGGGCUGGUGGGGCUUGAGAAUCCAUACCUCUGUGACCCAGAGUCAUGGGUCUGGGGGCUGAGCGCAAGGGAAGGUGCCAACUAAGCGCCCAGAAAGUGUCUUUGGGGCCUUAAGGAAAUAAGCAAGGCUUGGGGUGCAGGUGGGCUUGAUUGGGCUCUUCUUGGCUCUGCCACUUUACAUGCUGUGACUCAGGAUGAUGACUUACACUCUCUGGGUCUCUGCUUUCUCAUUUGUUACCUGGGGAGAAGGAUAAUGUCUACCCCACAGGGUUGUUGGGAGGACCAGAUGGGUUAAUUUUAGAACACAGUAUAGACAUUGUGUGUCAGUGUUAUCAUUAGUGGUCCUUACAUGAAGUUUCAAAAGCCCCUUUCUUUCACUUUGUGUUUUGUGAACAUCGUUCUGCACUAUUAAAUACUCUUCUGAAAUACCAAUGCUGCAUGUAAAUAAAUGCACACACACUAAUGACUCAUUCCUCUGCUGUUGGUCGUUUGGGUUGGUUUCUGCCUUUAACUAUAAGGAAUAAGCUACACAAGCAUUUUUGUGGCUGUACUGUCACACAAAUCCACAGUUAGGAAGAAAUUCAAGUCAUUAGAGAUAAUUGGAUGUUGCACAAAUGAAGCAGAAAAUGCUGGGGAGUGGGC